AUCUGACAAAGAGGCCACAAAGCAGGGCGUGGGAAAGCUGCGAGAAAAAAUGAUGGAGUGGGCCUAUAAAGGGUAACAAGUCUCUCCAUUCCAGACAAACGUUUUUGGUUUAGCCUAGUGAACAAGAGCAUCGCAGAAAGAGAUCUACAACAGGUGAAAUCAUGCGGACAACUCUACGUGCUGGAAUGUUGGCCGCGCUCGCCGUGUUGGCGAUGGUGGUCGGCAACAGCGAAGGAGCGGUGCUGUCCAAAUGCGAGGUCAGGAAUCACAUGCAAGAGGCCUUCAACAAGCUGCCCGAGCACGUCCUACUCAUGAUUGACGCAGAAGAUCUGAUGGCGAAGAUCGUUUGCCACGUAGAACUCACCUCUGGCUUCGACACCAGCGCUGUAAACCAGCUGAUGGUCACCCAAGACUCCCAGGGUUCUUCUGGAAGUCAAGGAGGAAGGCGCCGGGGUAGACGGGCAGCCGGCGCUGGAGGCUCACGGUUUGCAAUUGCCAAGUUCAUGGGCUCCAAGUCCGAGGAGGGAUCUGGUGGUAGCAGCAGCAGCAGCAGCAGUAGCAGCAGCAGCAGCAGCGAGGAGUUGGUCGAGCAGAGCGGAGAGCUGUGGACCCUCUACGGCAUUUUCCAGAUGAGCGACCGCGUCAUGUGCGUGUCCGGUUCCGUGCCAUCACUGAACAUCUGCCAGACGGACUGCCAAGCCUUUCUGGAUGAUGAUAUCACUGAUGAUAUCGCCUGCGCUGAAGAAAUUAAAGCCAAAAUGAUGUCCAGCCCUGGUGAACAUACUGAGGCCAAGGCUCUCUUAAAGAAAAUGAUGGCGCUGCUGUUCCAGCCGGAGUGCAGCGCCGUGGACUACACGGAGUACUUCGCCGCCUGCUAGUGAGCGACUCAAGCCCAUAUUGUGAGAGUAGCACAAGCGCAGUAAUUUCCCCAUUUGUAUAUCUUGUAGUGUUGUCCGAUUGCAACUGUUCUACACGAUCACGGCCUUUCAAAAGCAAAAAUAAAAACGCAUAGAGUUCUGCAAA